GCUGCAUCGCCGCCGCCGCCACCGCCGCGACAAGCACCCUCAAGCGACACUCGGAACACUGUCCACGCAGAGGAUACUCGCGCAUCCUCCGCCAUGACCACCGAGUUUGACGACGUCCUCACGAACCAGCCGGUCGUCAUUGACAAUGGCUCGGGAACGAUCAAGGCCGGCUUCGCAGGCCAGGAGCAGCCGUCGUGCUACAUCCCGUCGUUUGUCGGCCGACCAAAACAUAACCGUGUAAUGGCUGGUGCGGUCCAGGACGACAUCUUCAUCGGAAAGCGCGCACAGGAGCUCCGCGGCCUCCUCAAGAUCCGCUACCCCAUGGAGCACGGCGUCGUGACCGACUGGGACGACAUGGAGCGGAUCUGGAACUGGGUGUACACCGAGGGCCUCAAGGCCUUGUCCGAGGAGCACCCGGUGUUGUUGACCGAGGCGCCGCUGAACCCACGGCAAAACCGCGACGUUGCGGCCCAGAUCUUCUUCGAGACGUUCAACGUCCCCGCCUUCUUCACUAGCGUGCAGGCUGUGCUCAGUCUGUACUCUACCGGAAGAACAACGGGUAUCGUACUCGACUCGGGCGAUGGCGUGACACACGCCGUGCCCGUGUUCGAGGGCUUCUCUAUGCCGCACGCGAUCCAGCGGAUAGACCUGGCCGGACGUGAUGUGACGGACCACCUGCAGCUGCUCCUCCGCAAGGCAGGGCACUACCUGCACACAUCGGCCGAGAAGGAGGUCGUGCGCACGAUCAAGGAGAAGACAUGCUACCUGUCUGCCAACCCCACCAAGGAGGAGAAGGACCACGCCGGCGCGUGGGAGGAGUUCCGCCUCCCGGACGGCAAGGUCAUCCAGCUCGGCACGGAGCGGUUCCUCGCCCCCGAGAUCCUGUUCAACCCGGAGCUCGUGGGGCAGGAGUACCCCGGCGUGCACCAGGUCAUUGUCGACUCGAUCAACCGGACAGACAUGGACCUGCGCAAGGCGCUCUUCAGCAACAUUGUGCUAUCGGGCGGCUCGACGCUGUGCACUGGCUUCGGCGACAGGCUGCUCAGCGAGGUGAAGAAGAUUGCGCUCAAGGACGUCAAGCUCAAGAUCUACGCGCCACCAGAACGAAAGUACUCGACGUGGAUUGGCGGCUCUAUCCUCGCGGGCCUGAGCACAUUCAAGAAGAUGUGGGUCUCGGCGGACGAGUACAAGGAGGACCCGGACAUCAUCCACAAGAAGGCCUUCUAG